AUGGAGGAGACACUUUCAAAUACCAGAUUCAUUUCAUUCCAUCGUAACUAAACUAAUCCAGAGCCUAUGCCACUCUCUACUUUGACUUUUGCCUAUGGAGAUCAGAAGUAUGAAAAGAUGUGCAGAGAAAUGGCAGGUAAGGACGAUGUCCUGAGAAGGAAAGUAUUAAUCGAAAUAAAUGAGGAUUUCCACUAGGCAGAUAAGCUUAACUUCGCUCUAGAAUCCUCAAUCCUUAAAUAGCUUGUAAAAUGCUUCACCGAGAAAGAUAACGUUAUCCGUGAACUUGCAUCAAGAGCAGUUUUAAAAGUUGCUUGCACUGAGAAAGGCAGAGAAAUCCUUGUCAACCAACAGAUUGUCAAAGAUGUUAGAAAGCUUUUCGAUGAUCAAGAAAUUCAAAUUAGAAAUAAUGCUUACACCUGUCUUAUUAAUCUAGCUCAAUACACUUUCGGCAUUGAUGCUGUUAUCGAUUUUGAAAUCGUUCCAGUAUUAGUUGAUAAAUUGAUUCUUGAAAAGGAAGAAGAAAUAUUAGUUCUUAUCUUGCAACUGAUGAAAAUUCUUGCUGAAGGAGAAAAAGCUCCAGUUUUAUUGCUUAAUACUCCUGUAUUAGCUAGACUUAAUACUCAUUUAGCUUCUAGAAACCAAUUCAUUAGAGAACUAGCUGCUCUUAACCUUGGGUCAAUUAGUUAUAAUGUCAAAGGGAAAGAGAAGACAAUAGAAGCUAAAUCAAUUCAGCCUUUAACUAAGAUGCUAUUUGAUGAUGUCUCAGAAGUAAGAACUGCAGCAACUAGAGCUUUAGCAUCAUUAGCUUAACUAAAAGCAGGAAAAGUAGAGAUCUAUGAUUUAGAAAUGCUAGAUAGAAUAAUUGAGCUACUUUAUGAUGAUUCAGAUUAAACUAAACUCAAUGUUGUUUAAAUGAUAUCAGCUGUCGGUGAAUACCCACCUGCUAGAGAGAAAUUCAAGGAAUGCUUGGAAAAACUUAGAGAGAUUGUAAUUAAAGAUAAAUUUCACUUCCCUCUUGUUUCAAGAUUCGCACAAACUGCCAUCGAUGUCAUUACAUGGAUCCCUUGA